UUUGGCUUGUACUGCCUUGGGAAGGGGCCUUUGUGAUCAGUAACUUUCGGAGGUUACUUUAGCUUCUAAGAUGGGACAAGUGAGCUACACUUCCCAUCAAGCCACUUCCUUGUAGGAGUACUGAUGGGAAUCAAAGGACAAACCCAGAUAGAACUGGUUCUCUAGGCUUUGAAAGGGCUGCACCAAGAGUGAAAGCUACUCUUACUUUUGGACUGUACAAAUUUCCUUAUUAAUCAGAAGAAACACAAUGAUUCAAUGUUUUUAUAUGCAUUUUCUAUAUGUUUUAUGUGUAUUGUUUUUAAAGAUUUGUUACACGGACUUCCUUGUAAAAACACAAGUUCUUUGUUUAGAUCUGAGGAUAAUUUUAUUAGAGUUUAAAGACAAACAACAAGGUGGGUGAGCUAUAAAUCUCAGCAGCUUCCUGGAGGAGGAGACUGGAGAGACUUUGGGCCAGGGGAGCCUUGGUUAAACCAGAAUGAAGGCUGGUCACAUGGUGGACCAUCAGCCACUUGGCUAGGAGGGGAGCUUUAGAAAAGGGUACCACAGUACCAGGAAAAACACACUUAGGGUUUAGCAUCUGAAAGAAAAAGACAAGAAAGGUGAAAGGAAUAAUUAUGUCUUUGCAGGUCUGGGAGUUGUGUAAACAGUAAGCAUGAUGUUUCCUUUUAAAAUCAAGACCCCUUAAUCUGCCACUAAACAGGAGACCCAGAGAUGAGUGCUUCUUGGGUUGAUUCAGGCCACACAAGGAACUCAUUAAGGAUCUCAGCCCCUUGGGUUUCUGCCCCCUCAUUCCCAAGAGUGUCCCUAGGUUUGUUUCUUCUUGGGCACAAGAGGGCUACUACAGUUCCAGGAAUCACAAUGUCCCAUAAUCACAUUCAAAAGCAGACAGAAAAAAAGGGGGUGGGAUGGGGUUAAGCUGUAGAAGACAUGAAGAAAAGACAGAGACACCCCCUACCACUUUCCUCUUAAGUCUUAUUAUAUGAAACUAUAGACUUCAUUCACCCCUGCAGGCAGGGGGAAGGGGAGCUUUAUCUUAGGCUAGUCAGGAAACAUCCCCUGAGGGAUGCUAUGCUGUGCCAGAAGUAAGACAAGCUUCUCUUAGCAGGAAAGUCUGGGGGGGUGGGGAGGGGAGGCAAGCAGAUUUGUUUUGAUUAAACCCUACACUUUCUGCCCCAGGGCUCCUUUCUAGGGUCUUCUUUUGUUUAGUCACAAAGGGAGGGUCUUAAGUGCUACAAUUGAAGACCCUCCAAGAGUCCUAAGAGUUAAAUAUCAGGUAAGUUCUUUCUUCAGGGCCUAGAGGCCCUUUCAGCUUAUGUCUACUUCUGGUCUCUGGCUACAAUCAGGCUUUGGGUUAAAAGGCUACUUAGGCCUUGCCUACCUGCAACAGACUCCACCCUACCCCCAUCACAGCUGCUGUAAAAGGAAACAACAGCUAUCCUAUUGGGACUAACUUUAACUCUAAUCCUCACUUCCUGGAAAGCUUCUCAGGUAACCAGUCCCCUGGAAAGGACAAGCCCAGCGCUGUGAUCUUGCAGCCAAAAGGUUUUUCUCCCACACUCAGAGAAACCUGAGUGCACGAAGGUGCUGAGAGCUACUCAUUCAAUACAUACAUGGGCCCUUCCCCACAUUCUGAACGGUAAGAAGAGACCCUUGAUUUGUUCAUAGGCCUGAACUUUAGUUUUUUCAUCAUAUUGCCUGAAUGUUAUUGGUACUAAUAACUCUCCUAGUAAACCUUUUACUCAAAAAGACAAGCUGUCUCCAUGUUCCUCUCUUGAACCCAAGACCUUACAGUAGCCUCUUCCUCCAUCCUCAGAAUGUAACACCCGUCUCUGCUCUCCUCACUUUUCUUCUCCCCUAGCCAGACUUUCUCCCCUCUUAUAGAGAAUCUGUGUGGUUCUAUUCAUAUUCUACUUCAGUAACCCAGGUACUUUCCUCAUCUCAACCUUCUUAUCACCACAGCAAAGUCCUUCUCGCCAUGUUAGGAACAUUCACAGUUCCCUGGGAUUAGCACAUUGAUAUCGCUGGGGCCAUCAUUUAUCCUCAUGUGUUGCUUAAACAUGCUCAGACCAGGUCCUUCCAGAUUCAUUUACUGGGUGAAGACAGGGCAUAUGUACUUUGUAAAAUAUCAUCUAAGGGCCUCUGGUAUUGCCCAUGGUGUUAGUCAUCCUAUAGGGGUGCAUUGUCUCUGAGGUUGUGUUUAGAGUUUUUAGUACUGUCAGUAUCCUGGUGUUUAGAUGCUUCAGGCUUGGCCAGGCAGCUUUGUAUCAAUGCACUGAUUAUCUCAUUGAAUGAGUCCCUGCUCCCCAACCACAAGAUUAGGACAUUGACAUUGAUUGGUAGUGUAGAGAUUGUUCUGUCUGCUCAGGCCACACGACUAGCAGGAUACACAUCUAGAACCCCAACCUUCACAUUCUGAAAUUCUGUAUGCCAAGUAAACUAUAGUAGCCACAGAACAGGUCAGGGAAGAAAAGUUGAAGGUCUCUUUCCACAAUAUACAAGUCCAUUCCUAGCCCCUGCACUCUUCACUAAGAGAACCACCAAAGAACCUUUUUAUUUUAUUUCUGACACCUGUUUUACAAUUACAACCCAUCACUACCCAUUUAGGAAGGUCGCAAACCCAGCGUGGAUGAAGGUGCAGCCUCUUGGGGUUUGAGCUCAAUUCCCUGCCCACACAGUUACUCUCUGAAUAGGCUGCCUCCCCCGCAUACCGUAGGAUGUGUACUUUCAAAAGUUGAGAACCCAACUUGAAUCUAUUGCUCCUUGUACUUGUUCCAGGCAACCAUGGCAACAAGUGUUCAUCUGAGCAGCUGCUCCAGGCAAGUUCUGCUUGAGUACUGACAGUGACAAACACUUCAGAAGGUAGUUUUCUGCAGAGAAGUCUAGAAGCCCAGGAGAUCUUGAUGGCCACACACAUGGGCCAACUAGCAGAAGCUUUGCAGCUAAAACAACUUUUUAAAAGGCAUCUGACCACUCUUCUUGAUACCCCUCCCUCAGAAUCUGCGUGUGAAGUGGGCUGAAUGUAACGAGACAGCUUCCAUAUGAGGGGUAGAGUUCAUGGUGGCAGAGCAGAGGCAGAAGAUGGCUGGAACAGUGGCUGGGGGUGCACAUCUCGAACUACAAACAGGAGGGCAACUUGAAAUGGAAGAAGUCUUUUGAAACCUGAGAGCCCAGUGCCCAGUGGCCUACAGCCUUUAACAAGGCCAGACCUGUGAAGCCUCCCGAAACAGCUACCACUGGGGACCAAGUCUUCAUACUCCUGAGGCUUACAAGGGGAAUCUCUUUCAAACCAUCUCUUUAGGUGGUCAGUAUCACAUCUGACACUUGUUAAUGGGCACAGUAAAGAUUAAAUGUGCUUCAUCACAUGCAUGAGAGACACCAGAGGCCUCAAUGUUCAUUGUUAUGGUUGGUCUUAAAAGUAAAGGUCCAAGUCCAGGACUGUAGGCCUUCUGGAUGCCUUCCAAGAAGCGAGGGUGAAGUGAGCUUUGGCCUGGAGUAAUACUCCCUGUCACUGAUUAACCAGCCCCGUUGGAAGACUUGUGUGACCAGCACUGCCUAGACAAAGACACCUGGACAAGCUCUGGUGGGCAGAAAAAUGUCUACCCGCUAUCACCAAGCAGCAAGUGACAGCUACCUGGAACUUCUGAAGGAGGCCACUAAGCGUGAUCUAAAUCUCUCAGAUGAGGAUGGCAUGACACCCACUCUCCUGGCAGCCUACCACGGCAACCUUGAGGCCCUAGAAAUAAUCUGCAGUAGAGGUGGAGACCCUGAUAAGUGUGACAUCUGGGGGAACACUCCUCUACAUUACGCAGCCUCCAAUGGCCACACCCACUGCAUCUCAUUUCUAGUCAACUUUGGUGCCAAUAUCUUUGCCCUGGAUAAUGACUUGAAGUCUCCACUGGAUGCUGCUGCUAGCAGGGAGCAGAAAGAAUGUGUUGCUCUCCUGGAUAAGGCUGCCACCGUGCAGAACACCACGAACCCCAAAAAGGUCGCCAGACUAAAGGAACAGGCUCUGAAGAAUGCGAGGAGGCAGAUGAAAGAGUGUGAACGACUUCAGGAGAAGCACCAAAACAAGAUGGCGCGCACCUAUAGCAAGGAGGAUUCUGGGACACUUUCCUCUUCCCGUAGCACCUUCUCUAGGUCAUCCCUUUCAAAUACUUCUGUUGGUGGAUUUGGAUCACUGUCUAAAGGCAUUAAAGAUACCUUCAAGCUAAAAUCUAAGAAGAACAAAGAUACAACAGAGCAGAUGGGGAUGGAUGGCAAAAAUGGGCAGAGGCCAGUGAUGGAAGUGUUCAGAGAGGAGGAAGAAGACUCACUUCCUAAGGACUUCAAAGAGAAGCUCCAUUUCUCAGCAGAAGAAGCCGGUGAUGUGCAACAUGAGUCUAUUCUCAACCGUCCAGGUCUAGGAAGUAUUGUUUUUAAUAGAAACAGAGUACUGGAUCUUGAGGAAAUCUCAGCGAGCAAGAGGGAAUUGGAGUUUAAAAUGCCCAGUGAGUUGUUCCAAAGACAAGGAGCACCAGGAGCUGAUGAAGAGGAGGAGGAGGAGGAGAGAGAGGCAAACAGCACUGCAGGUGAUCUUCCUUGGGAUGAAGAAGAAGUAGAAUGGGAGGAAGAUGCGAUCGAUGCCACUCCGUUGGAAGUGUUCUUGCAGUCUCAGCACCUGGAGGAAUUCCUUCCCAUUUUUAUGAGAGAGCAGAUUGAUCUAGAGGCUCUGAUGCUUUGCUCUGAUGAGGACCUUCAGAAUAUCCACUUGCAACUGGGCCCCAGGAAGAAAGUCCUUAAUGCCAUAGACAAAAGGAAGCAGGUGCUCCAACACCCUGGGCAGCUGGUUGACACCAGCCUCUGAUGGAGGGCAUUGAUUAACAGGGUAGCCUGAGCCGGGGGUCAUGCUGAGUUCCCCUUGAAACCACCCCAGGACCAACCCUGUGCCUGGUUUCUGUCUAAUGACAGACCACAGGUGUAGGUGUUAAGUUUUAGAGAAGACCCUCUAAAGCAGAGGCUCAGACUCUGGGAGAUUCUCCGUAUCCAAGUAACUAUCAAUGAGAAGAUGGGAGACCUCAGAGCUGGAAAAUGGUGUUUCUCUUCCAGACUUUGCAUUCUGUGUAGGCCAAAGGCUCUUACUACUCUGAAGCCCAAAGCUCGACUUAAAUGGAUCUAGUCAUUUAACAGAUAUUUACAAACUAUGGGAUCGGGUUUACAGCAUUCCUGUCUGAGAAUCAUGGUGCGUAGCAAGUAGAGGGAUGGCAGAAAGACAAUGUGGGGUCCUUGCUAUGGGCUGGAUUCUAAAGUUCAGGUGUGGAAGCCCCAAAUGCUAAGUAAGUGUUUUUGGAGAUAGUACUUUAAGGGUGUGAUUGAGGUCGAAUGAGGUUCUUAGGGCAGGCUCAUACUUCUAUCUGACUUAAAGGACACGGAAGAUGCCCCGAGGGUUUGUUCACACCCCGAGAGAGGAUGGCAGCCGGAAGGCAGCUGCCAACCAGCCAAGGAGAGGCACUGGGAAACCAAACCUGAUAGCAGUUUGGGCUUUCAACCUCCUGAGAAGUGAAAAAUAAAUGUCUAUUGUUUGA